UCCAACGAAACCCUGCCGAGUUGUUUUGUGUCUCGGUCGAGUUGACUCAUUACUCUGUUCUUAUGGACUCCAUGGAUCGCUCUCGAGCUUUCCUUCGGGAUGUUAAGCGCCUUGUUGUCAAGGUUGGGACGGCGGUGGUAACGCGAAGUGAUGGAAGAUUAGCCUUAGGCAGACUAGGAGCAUUGUGCGAGCAGAUCAAGGAAUUGAACUCACAAGAAUUUGAGGUUAUUUUGGUUUCAUCUGGUGCUGUUGGUAUUGGUCGUCAAAGGCUUCGAUAUAGGCAGCUUGUUAAUAGCAGUUUUGCUGACCUUCAAAAACCUCAAGUUGAUCUUGAUGGUAAGGCAUGCGCAGCUGUUGGUCAAAACAGUCUUAUGGCUCUCUAUGACACAUUAUUUAGUCAGCUGGAUGUUACAUCUGCUCAGCUUCUGGUUACAGAUAAUGAUUUUAGGGAUAAAGGUUUUAGAAGUCAACUUAGUGAUACAGUGAAAUCAUUACUUUCUCUUAAGGUUAUUCCUAUCUUCAAUGAGAAUGAUGCAGUCAGCACCAGGAAAGCUCCGUAUGAGGAUUCUUCUGGUAUAUUCUGGGACAAUGACAGUUUGGCAGCACUUUUAGCUUUGGAGCUAAAAGCUGAUCUCCUUGUUUUGUUAAGCGAUGUAGACGGUCUAUAUAGUGGACCUCCAAGUGACCCUCACUCAAAGUUAAUCCAUACAUAUGUUAAGGAACGCCACCAAGGUGAAAUUACCUUUGGAGACAAGUCUAGAGUGGGAAGAGGUGGUAUGACUGCUAAAGUUAAAGCUGCUACUGGUGCUGCAUAUGCUGGCAUUCCUGUUAUUAUCACUAGCGGAUACGCUCCUGCAAAUAUCCUCAAGGUCCUCAAAGGUGAUCGCAUCGGUACCCUCUUCCAUCAAGAUGCUCAUUUGUGGGAGCCCCAAAAGGAUGUUGGUGCUCGUGAUAUGGCUGUUGCAGCAAGAGAAAGUUCAAGAAGGCUGCAGGCAAUCUCUUCUCAAGAGAGAAGAAAAAUUUUGCUGGAUAUAGCUGAUGCCCUUGAAGCAAAUGAAAAACUGAUCAGUGCUGAAAAUGAAGCUGAUGUUGCUGAAGCUCAACAGACUGGAUAUGAAAAGGCCCUAGUAUCACGACUGGCACUGAAACCUGGAAAGAUAUCCAGUCUUGCCAACUCCAUCCGUACACUUGCAAACAUGGAAGAUCCAAUUGGUCAUGUUUUGAAGAAGACUGAGGUUUCAGAUGGACUAAUUCUUGAAAAAACAUCGUCUCCGUUGGGUGUUCUAUUGAUUGUGUUUGAAUCUCGUCCAGAUGCUCUGGUACAGAUAGCUUCAUUAGCAAUUCGUAGCGGAAAUGGUCUUCUCUUAAAAGGGGGAAAGGAAGCAAGGCGAUCAAAUGCUAUAUUGCACAAGGUUAUCACGGAAGCCAUUCCAGAUAGUGUUGGCGGGACCAUAAUUGGACUUGUAACUUCAAGGGAGGAAAUACCCGAUCUACUAAAGUUGGAUGAUGUUAUUGAUUUGGUGAUCCCAAGAGGUAGCAACAAACUGGUUUCUCAAAUUAAGAAUUCCACCAAAAUUCCUGUUCUUGGUCACGCUGAUGGAAUCUGCCAUGUUUAUGUUGAUAAGUCUGCUGAUUUGGAAAUGGCAAAGAGAAUUGUACUGGAUGCAAAAAUAGAUUACCCAGCAGCCUGUAAUGCAAUGGAAACACUUCUUGUUCACCAGGACUUAGUCCACACGGGUGGGCUGAAUGAGCUUGUUGUAAAUCUCCGCAUUGAAGGUGUUAUUUUGAAUGGUGGACCAAGGUCGAGCUCCCUGUUGAAUAUUCCUGAGGCAGGGACGUUUCAUCAUGAAUACAAUUCAUUGGCAUGUACUCUUGAAAUUGUGGACGAUGUCUUUGCUGCUAUCGAUCAUAUACAUCAACAUGGAAGUGGACACACUGAUUGUAUUGUUACGGAAGAUCAUGAAGUUGCUGAAGUUUUCAUACGUCAAGUUGACAGUGCUGCUGUCUUCCAUAACGCGAGCACAAGAUUUAGUGAUGGGGCUCGAUUUGGUCUAGGUGCUGAGGUUGGAAUUAGCACAAGUCGGAUCCAUGCCCGGGGUCCAGUAGGAGUUGAAGGACUGUUAACGACCAGAUGGAUUCUCAGGGGAAGUGGGCAAACCGUGGAUGGAGAUAAAGGUGUUGUUUACACCCACAGGGACGUGAAGAUUGAGUCUCAACUCGUGAAUUGAUUUCAGCCCAACAAUUUGCGCUGGCUAUUUAUGUAUAAAAAUAAGUGUUAGUAGCUUCUCUCUUCGAGUUUCAGUGUGAUAGUUGCAGAAAUAAUGUGGUUUAAUUAUUAGAGUUCCAGAAGCGGCUAGUUUUUUCUAUAAUAUUGGCCAAUUCUGUUUAGUAGCUUAGGAGGACCCUUCUUCCAGGACUGGAAAUCCAGAGUUUAGUUGUAGCGUAUAGGUCUUAAAUGUUGAUGAAGUAAUGACCAUUUGAACAGAUCAGGUGCAUUACUCUCGGAGUUGUUUUGUUGUUUACUGUUUGACGAUUGAAGUGUUGACUUGCCAUCUGAAAAUAACAGAAACCACCAUGUACGCCUGUCAGUGUUUAAGCAGAAGCAGCAGGAGCAGGGGAUUUGUAGUGUGAAAAAUGGUUGACUACUAUCAUUAUGGUCCUUAUACUAGUAUUGUUUUGUGUCA